AUGUACAAUCUUACCGUCCACAAUUGUACUACUUCACAAGCAUCUUGUUACAUUUGGUAUGAAUCUAUUGCAAAACGUGGAGCUAAUGAAAUAGGUUCAUGCAUAUUCCAUUACCUUAGUAAUCUCCCUAAAAAUAUAACAAACGUCAUCAUGUACAGUGAUUGUUGCCCUGGGCAAAAUAUAAAUGGUAUAAUGAUUGUUAUGUGCUUGUAUUUUUUAAAUCAACAAGACACCAUUAAAAUAAUAGACCAUAAAUUUAUGGUGCCUGGCCACACUAGGAUGGAAUGUGAUGGAGAUCAUGGAAAGAUAGAAAAAGCCAAAAAAACAUUUUCUUCAUCUAUAAACCACCCACAAGACUGGAUUAAUUUAAUACAAUUUGCUGGAAAAAAUAAAUUUUUUGUAAUUCCAAUGUCUCAAGACAAUUUUUUUAACUUUAAUAGCUUAUUUAAAAACAAAGUAUAUCAGAUGAAAAAGAAAAAUGAGGAUCAAGAUGCAUUUGUAUUUCAAGAUCUAAAAUGGCUGCGAUACACUAAUGAAAACAAAGGGAUUGUUCAAUACAAAACAUCAUUGGAUCCAAAAGCACCAUUUUUUAAGUUAAACUUAUCUAAAAAUAAAGCAGUACCCUUGGACAUACCAUUAGCAUAUACAAAUCUGUUGGGUGUCACUGAAGAAAAGAAAAAAGAUCUUAUGUCAUUGUUAGUUUUUAUUCCUGAAGUGUAUCACGAAUUCUAUAAAAAUCUGAGAACAAAAAAAAAUUUGACUGAUCCACUAGCAUCAGAAGAAGAAGAUGAAUAA